GGUGGGCUGCUGCCUGCUGGUGAUACGGGGGUUGUUGGUUGUUACACCUUGCAGUUCAAAUCCCCAGGCUUCCACUCCCCUCUCACUUUUCAUUAUUCAUCGGACAGUUUCUCCCAACUAACUCCCUCUACCAUCUUCGCUCAACUGCUACGCCGGAAUGGAGGAACCGCCACCACCGCCCACCUCCGCCAUCCCCAACGCCCGCACCCGGAGCUACUGGCGAUGGAGUAAGCAAGACUUCUUUCCGGAGCCCUCAUUUCAGAGCUUCACCACCUACCGGGCCGCCCUUGCCUCCGCGUGCCCCCGUCUCAGGGAUCGCCUCCUCAGCCGCUCCUCUGACAACAACGAGCUCAACGUCCUCCCUCAGGCUAGCGAGAAUCCCAUGCGCCGCUGCCUCACCGCCUGGGACCUCACCUGGCUCGCUUUCGGCUCCGUCGUCGGCUCCGGAAUCUUUGUAAUCACCGGCCAGGAGGCCCGCACCGACGCCGGUCCCGCCAUCGUUCUCUCCUACGCCAUCUCUGGCUUCUCCGCCCUCCUCUCCGCCCUCUGCUACACCGAGUUCGCAGUCGACGUCCCCGUCGCCGGCGGCUCUUUCUCCUUCCUCCGCAUUGAGCUUGGUGACUUCAUUGCCUUCCUUGCCGCCGGAAACAUCCUCCUCGAGGCUGUUGUAGGCGCUGCCGGCCUCGGCCGUUCGUGGUCCUCUUAUUUUGCCAGUAUGAUCAAGAACGAUCCGGAUUUCUUCCGGAUCCGGGUGAAUUCCUUCCAAGAAGGGUUCAACAUGCUGGAUCCAAUUGCUGUUGUCGUUCUUUUUAUCGCCAACGGUGUUGCAAUGAGCAGCACUAGGAAUACCUCAAUCCUGAAUUCGCUCAGCUCCAUUGUCACUACGCUUGUUAUUGUGUUCAUCAUCGUAGUUGGAUUUGUUCACGGUAAAGCCUCAAACCUGACGCCAUUCUUUCCUAUGGGGAUGAAGGGAGUGUUCAAUGCUGCUGCGGUUGUGUAUUGGUCUUAUACAGGCUUCGACAUGGUGGCAACUAUGGCUGAGGAAACCAAGAACCCUGCCAGGGAUAUACCCAUUGGUUUGGUUGGUUCCAUGUCGAUGAUCACGGUUAUUUACUGCUUGAUGGCUUUGGCGCUUGUGUCAAUGGUGAAUUACACUCAGAUCGAUGUAGAUGCGGCUUAUUCCGUGGCGUUCGUUCAGAUCGGAAUGAAGUGGGCUAAGUACCUUGUGAGUAUCUGUGCAUUGAAAGGAAUGACCACAAGCUUGCUUGUUGGGUCAAUGGGGCAAGCAAGGUAUAUGACACAAAUUGCAAGGUCUCACAUGAUUCCUCCCUUCUUUGCACUGGUUCAUCCCAAAACUGGUACCCCUGUCAAUGCCACCUUGGUUAUCACUUUGCUGAGCUCCAUUGUUGGGCUUUUCUCAAGCUUGGACGUUUUGUCCAAUGUCUUCUCCAUUAGUACUCUUUUCAUUUUCAUGCUCAUGGCUGUCGCGCUUUUGGUGAGGAGGUACUACGUCAGGCAGAAGACGUCCCAAGAGGAUUUGAUGAGGGUUCUUGGCUGCUUGUUCGUGAUCAUUGCAUCUUCUGCCGUAGGGACUGCUCUUUGGAACGCCAAUAAACUGGGUUGGAUUGGGUAUACAGUGGCUGCAGUUGUGUGGCUAAUAGGUACAUUGGCAAUGAGCUUCCUUCCCAAGCAAAGGACUCCAAAGGUUUGGGGUGUUCCGUUGGUUCCGUGGUUGCCUUCUCUGUCAAUUGCUACCAACCUCUUCUUGAUAGGCUCAUUGGAACCCGACGCUUUCUGGAGGUUCUUCCUUUGCACUGCGUUUAUGCUUCUCUAUUACAUUUUUGUGGGAGUACACGCAACUUAUGAUGUGGAGCAUCAAAAUAGCCAGGAUUUCAAAGAUGUGAAGCCAACGGACGAACCCAACCACGCUCCUUUUGUCACAUAGUUUCAGAGUUGAAUGGCACUAAGAAUUUGAUGUACAGAAAUAGCACAUCCUCUACAUUUUUCAAGAAAUGUCAGAACGAGUUCAGUCCUUCCCUUUGAUGGCAACAACUAUGCUGCAGUGGUAAAAUACAGUUCAUGUCUUGCCCAAUUUUCGCAAUGUGAAUAUUCGUUUUUUCCCCUUC